AGUUCUAUUACAGGAACAGAUUAGAGUAUUACUAAAGCUAGGCUGUAGUUACUGAUUUGCUUGUGCAAAUCUUCUGAUGAUUAUGCUUGUUCCUGAAGCAUUUAUUGGAGUACUCCAAUUGGCACACCAUCUUAGAUAAUGUUGUUCCAUUGAUGUAGUCUCAUAUUCAGAAAGUUAAACUUUUUUUUAAGUGCCACUUCUAUCUGCACUAAUAUGCCACUUGUUAGUUCCAGUAAAUUAAUCAGGUAUUGAAAGUUUAAGUAUUGUACUACACGAGCAAAACUAAUCACAAGGAUGACAGCAGCUGGGCGACAACAUCUCCCGCAUCAGGGACAGCAAGAAGGUCUCCCAGGCAUGGAGGACCGGACUCUUCGGGAUCACAGCGAGGCCGUCCCCAACGCUGCCGCACCUUCCCUGCUGCCGUCGACACUCCCUGCCCUCAACCCGGCCUCCGCUGCUCCCUGUGCUCGCCUCUCCGCUCUGGCCUGGGAGACCUGGUGCUCCAGAUCAGGUGUGUGCGAGAUGGGGAUCAGGUAUCUCCAGUCGAUCGUGGGAUCAGGUGUCUCCAGGAGAGCUCAGGUGAUCUGGAACCUGAAGACAACUUGUGCAACAUCAUUUUCUAGCAAGAUGCAUGCUGGAGAUCCUGAAGACAACUCUAGUGAAAUUUUAUGUUUAUAUUGUAAUAACGAGCAUGACUGAGUCUUAUUGCUCCAAGUCACCGUGACAAAAGUUUUAUGUUCAUACUAAUAAUGAGCUUGACUGGUUCUUGUUGCUGCAAUGUAAUUGAUUAAUUUGCUAA